AUGAACAGCUCCACAAAUGAGUUAUCGGCUUCAAUCACAUCGGCAUUGGCGCUCAAACCAUCCACUGUGUACAUUCUGCGAGUUAUGAACAACAAAACCCGACAGAGUUGGCACAUCCGCCGCUGUUUCUCGGAAUUCUGCGAGUUGCGUGAGAAACUCCUCGCCCUGAUUGACGAUCAAAUGGCUACGUAUCUCACAAGUCUGGAAGUUGACAAUGUCGAAAGCAGCAUUUACAAUACCAAGUUCAACAUCAGUUCAAGCGUCAGUAGUUACAGUUCGUAUCGUGGUGGAAAGUAUCAACAGUAUUCCGCACCACUCCCGUCAGAUAGGUUUUGCUACGUGUUUAAGCACUUUCCACCCCGUAAGCUGUUUGGCUCACGCUCGAAGCGCGUUAUUGAAGCGCGAUGCUUAGCUCUUAAUCGCUUUUUGCAACAGGCACUCGAUGUUGUUGAGGUUGUUCGCCAGCGUCGGCUGACUGCAAUUUGCUUCAGCAUGAUGACCCAUAUUGAAUGCUUCCUAGAGAGUAAAGCUCACCAACCAGUCGCACGCGUUGCUCCAUCAUGUAGUGUAGGCAGCACGAUCGAUACAUUUGCUCGACAAGAACCUACGUCACCCAGCGCAGCAACGAGAACAUCUGCUGUCGUGUCACUCACCCCAGGUUUCCACAACUAUCCAUUAGUGCCAACCCGAGCAUUUACGAUGACUCAAAACGACCACAGGCGCCAGUCCAAUACUAGUCAGCACUACUGCAGCACUGACAGUGACGACGACGGUGGCAGCAAUGAAGAGGAGGCCCAGCGCUUUAACAACUUUGACUUCACACAGCGAUUCUACCGCGAGUUUGGUCGUCGAGUAGAAAGAGCGCCAAAGUGUAGCGAUGAUUUAGACGACGACGAUGAGAUGCAAAUUAUCAAGAAAACUUGGAGUGCCAUGUCGGAAAGUGACUUUCGUGAGCGCAAAUUGCAUCACAGCGGCAGUCAUUUCUCGAUGCUGGAAAGUGGCCAUAUGUCGAUUAGAACCUCGGCAAAACGUAUCGAAAUUGCCAGUAUACACUACUCUGACGUAUCCAAGGCGGAAUCAAAGCCAAUCCGGAAGACCUCUCAGCCUGCGUUUUACAGACGAGAGCGGCAAGCACACCGAUCACAAGCCAGCUAUCGGGUUUCUGUACAACCGGACUUGAAUGAAAGAGAAGAUGUAAACUGUAAUUUUUGA